UCUUUCCCAGCACCUCACAAUCGACAUCUGGAAGCACUUUCUUCGGGCACCCCCUAGACGGUGCUCCAGAUAUCCUCAACCACGCGUCAUCGCCUGCCUCGACCUCGAAUGGUACGAGGAUCCGCGGCUCGAUAAAAUCACAGAGGCAGGUAUUACUCUGAUCCGCGGUAGCGACAUCCCAACACUCCAACAACGGCGAUUUCAAAGCCUUAAUGCACACCUCCACAACGCACCACAUCCGCCUCGUCGAAACCUGCCACAAGCGCAACAAGAAAUUCGCGCCCGGCGUCAACGACGCGGAGAAAAACUCGCUAUACGCACACACCCGCUUCCUCUCAGUCGCAGCGGCCAAAGAGAAAAUGCUCGAGCUCCUCGCCGACCAGCGCUGCCCCCACGGCUCCAAGGCCCCGGUGCUUAUCCUCGGCCACGGGCUCAACCAAGACAUGGGCAAGCUCAAGGCGCAGUGGGGCCUGAGGCUCAACGGCAUCGAGUCCGUGGUGCACAUCUUCGCCUCGGUCGCGAAGCUGGCGCGGUAAGCAGGCAUCCAUGGACAGCGCCGCGGCAAGCUCGACGGAAUGCUGAGGAGUGGGGUAUCGGCGCGGCGUGGAAG